GGCGCUUCCGCUGCUCUAUGGUGUGCUGGAGGCUGGGCGGGGCGAGGGGCGGUUAAUGGCCUCUACAAGCAGCCUCGCCGUCGUUGGGGGAACGCGGAAGUCGGGUGCCGGCGUCCCCGCGCAACGGCGGAAGAAAAUCCACGGCAAGGUACCUGGACGGCCUCCUGCCGCCCGAGGGGUAGCGGGUGCGCGGCCGGCAGCGGGAGGGGCGGCGCGAGGCAAUGGGCCGCACCGAGUAGGCCGCAGCGGCACCGUGUCAGGCCCCGCUUGCGAGGAGCCGUCCGCGGCCCGGGGCCACAUCCGUGCUGCAGAGCGGCCUUCCCGGUAGCGCCCAGCCACCCUGGGUGGCGGGCAGGCCCGCUGCUCGCCUCCCGCCCUGCUCUCCGCCCAGCCGGACUGGCAGGCUGGCCUCUCAAAGGGUCAGUGCCCUCCGCAAAAGCAGACGAGCAGCUGGGCUUUCCCCGGGGGCUGCCACCCUUUGGAUGAGGGGCUAUCGUGCAGUGCUGUACGGCUGCUGAACGUCCAGCAUAAGCUGGGGCCACAUCGGCAAUUUCAGGACAGUUCUUUCCCUUUGACUUCUUAUAGCCCGGUGCUGCCAGCUUAAACUAGUUUCCUCCAUCCUUUGUUUCUACUUGCAGCAAGGAGCUAGAAAACCCUUGCUGAGUCUGCUAGUGCUGCAGGCCUGUUGUGCACAAGUGCUUCGCUGUGCUGAUCCUCAUCACUGUCUUCUGCUUUAGCUUGUUGUGUUUGGUGCAGUAAACACUGAUGAUUUCACAGGUGUGAAUACAAGCUUUCAUUUAAAUACUUGGGUUUUGAAGCUCUCUCCUAUUUCCACCAAAGAGAAUUCAAAGGCAAAAAGCUGUGUACUCCUCCCAAGGGGACAAGGGAAGAAAUGCUUAUGAAGCUUCUACAAAGAAUUCUUAACAAAUCAAGUGGAUGAGAUAUAUAACUUAUGUCACCAGCACACUGUUGUUUGAACAAACUGUGAUGAUAGACUUGAUGAGCUUUCCCUCUGUAUGAUACAGUGGUGUUUCAGGUAGUAUAAUCAACUGUCAGAACAGAUGACUGCCAAGGAUAGCAAUGCAAUAGUUGUUUUCUGUUUUAUUGAAAACAAGUUAUUUUUAAAUUAGAACAUCUUCCAAGAGUUCUGAUGUACAAUACAUCCGCAAAUUUUGAAAAUUCAGAUCAUCACUUUUAUACUGACCUAGUAUGCUUCCUCAUCCACACACAGAACCCCCACCUGCCACAACAGGAAUCAGUCAAAAGUACAUGUUAACAUUUGAACCAAGCUUGGUGCAUAGCCCACAACAGAAUUUUCUGAGUUGAGUUAUUUGGUAUUAAUGUUUUAACAGCAAUUUAGUAACUCAGCUGCAGUGAGCUUUGAUCAUACACAGUUCCAGUUACCUUAGUUUGAAAGACAAACUUCGUACACCCAAUGAAAAAAGAUUAAUUCCAAAUACAGCUGGUUUACUAAAAUGGUAAAGUUUUAAAGAUCACCUGUCAAAGAGAGGGAAAAAAAUAAUUCAAAGUCAGUACCCACAGUAAAAGUACAUAAAGAGGCAAAGGCACUGGAACUUUUAUGUAAUAAGACUUAAAGGCAGUUGCAUCUACAUCUACCCUUUACUCCUUAUUUGUAUUCUUCAGUGCAGAGCUGAAGAGCUGUGCAGGGUCAAAACUUCAGAAGUCUUAGUUAAAGUACAGAAAUUUCAGUGAAGAAGAGUUCACAUAGCUUAGCAGUUUAGUACUGGACUAGUUCUAGGCCUUAAAAUACAGGAUUAGGUUUUGACCUGAGAAAUCAGUGUUAAAUAUUCUAAUACUUAAGUCUUUCUAUUUUCAGAUAACUUGAAAAAACAGAACCAAGUUUGCUUUAUUUUCAGCAUGAAAUACACACCCCUUUUUGCAAACUCAGAUGUUUAUAACAUUGUGCCUCUACAUUCACGACUUUGUGCCUCUAUUCUUGCUUUCAUUUAAGUGUGAAAGCUGGAGCUUUCUUAACAAUAGGCUGAGAAAACUUGUUCAAAAAUAAUUGUUCAGUUAUACUCAGUUCUGUCUUGAAUCAGAUAUAAAAUUAUACUUUAAAACAAGUUUAGUGGCCUGAGUAUAGCCCAGCAUAUCAUUUAUAUUUGGAAGAGUUAAAUCACUAGAUAGUGUGUCCUAUGCAAGACCUUUAAAUUACUGUGCAUACAGUUUAAUACAUGGAAAUGUGUUAUAUGAUUGCUUCAGAUAAACACAUCUGUUUCAGAAAAACUGAAGUAUUACAAUCAAGAGGAUUUCUGCUGCAAAAAUGCUCCAGGCAGUGGCUUUUCAGAAUCAUUUUAGAAAGCCUAUUAGCUUCUCAUUGUUUUCUGUUAAACUUUUGCACUGCUGCGUUAGUAUUUCUGUAUAUUGGAUAAACUUGCACAUUUCAUGUCAUUAGGUCGUAUGUGAUGCUAUUUGUUUUUAUUUUAUUGAAAGUAGCAUCCCAGACUAUCUGUUUCCAUUACACAGCUGGCUGAUACUUUUAUUGAUUAAAAAGCCAUAUUACCCUGUUCAGUGGUUAGCACAAAUAAUUGUGUGUCAUGGUUUAACCCCAGCCAGUAACUAAGCAUCACACAGCUGCUCACUCAUUCCUUCCCCCACCAGUGGAAUGGGAUUGAGAAUCAGAAGGAGAAGUGAGGAAGAGACUUCUGGGUUGAGAUAAAAACAGUUUAAUAAUUAAAAAGAAGUUUUUCCAAAAAAGGGAGAAAACACCACAAAAGCAGAAAAGACAAUAAAACCCAAGAAGAAAAACAAGCAAUGCAAAUGAAAAGUUUAUCAGCACCAACCAACGCCCAGCCAGUCCCAGAGCAGCAGCCCCUCCCUACCAGCCUCCCCCCCAGUUUUAUUGCUGAGCACCACAUCAUAUGGUAUGGAUGGGGUCAGCUGUCCUGGCUGUUGUCUUCUCCAAACUUCUUGUGCACCUCCAGCCUACUCACUGACAGAGCAGUCUAAGGAACAGAAAAGGACUUGACACUGUAAGCACUAUGCAGCAGUAACUAAAACAUCAACAUGUUAUCAACACUGUUUUCAGUACAAAUCCAACACAGACCCAUACAAGCUACUAUGAAGAAAUUUAUCUCUAUCCCAGCCAAAACUAGUACACUAUGCGUUUUAAUUUGUUUUUGCAGAGUAGUGUGUAGGUGAACAUUAAGAUCCCAGUUAGGUUGUAUUCAUUGUAAUUAAGGUUCUCUGAGGUUUUGAAAGCAAAUGAAUGCCUGCCUUUUAGUAGAAAUUUGUCCUUUAUGUUGUGGUAGAAAAUAGCACAAGAUGGGCUCAGGCUCUGAUGUUUUGGGGCCAGCACUGGAGUUGUAACAAGCUUUGGCAUGGGUGCGAGACCACUCUGCAGUAGCUAGCUUUGUAUUUGGUAAUUGAAUUAGUGUUUAAAUAACUGCUCCGUAUUUACAGCAAACAGACAUGGCACUCAGUUGGAGAGAGCUGCACGCCAAGGCCACAUGACCACCACAACUGCACACAUCUAGAACCACCAGUCUGUGUGUAUACCUCAGGCUCUUUCUUGAAAAGGCUCAGGGUGAUCUUCAUAGAAACUACUAAAGACUUCAAAGAAUUCAUUUUAGGCAAAAUAAAUGAAAUAAGUUGUUCUGAUAAAGUAAAAUGGAUCCUUGUUCAGUUGGAGUUCAGCUUCAAGCUACCAAUGAAUGCCAUAAGAUCUAUUAUACCCGUCACACUGGCUUCAAGACUAAGCAAGAGAUAUCUUCAUCUGAUCUACUGUUACUUCAGCUUAGGACUGGAAUAACCCUUUCAGAGAACAAUACAAUCUGCUUCCAUCAUGCAAAAAUUUACAUUGAGAGAUUUGAAGACUUACAAAAAUCAUGUUGUGAUCCCUUUAAUAUACACAGAAAACUAUCAAAGAAAAACUUACGUGCAAUCGACUUAGAUGAUGCAACUUUUCUAAGUGCCAAGUUUGGAAGACAGUUUGUACCUGGUUGGAAGCUUUGUCCCAAAUGCAUGCAGAUAAUAAACGGAAGCGUGGAUGUUGAAUCCGAAGAUCGUCAAAGAAGAAAACUUGAUUCAGACGGGCGUACAGCUAAGGCUUUAAAGUCUCUACAGUUUGCUAAUCCAGGACGACAGACUGAAUUCACUCCUGAGACCAGUAAGAGGGAAAAAAGAAGGCUGCAAACAAAAAAUGCACCAUUUAAUUCAGACAGGCAAGUUAUACCAGCCAAGAGUAAAGUCUACGAUAGCCAGGGACUGCUGCUUUACAGCGGGAUGGACCUCUGCGAUUGUCUUGAUGAAGAUUGCCUGGGAUGUUUCUAUGCUUGCCCCAAGUGUGGCUCCAACAAGUGUGGAGCUGAAUGUCGCUGUGACCGCAAGUGGCUAUAUGAGCAAAUUGAGAUAGAAGGAGGAGAAAUAAUUAGAAAUAAGCAUGUUGGUUAGUGCACAUGUGCAUUAUUUAUCCUGAGUAUAUAUUCCAUGCUUUGAUUAAACGCAGAGCAUUCAUCAUUUAGUGGUUUAAUGAAAGCCACUGGAAUUUAUCACAACCCAUAUGAUUAAUGUGCUUGUUUUCACAUCCAUUUUCAGUAUGAUUAUGGAAAUAAUCAUACUACUGUCUUUUCACACUUCUUUCUACCUUGUACUCAGUCUUGUUAGUCAUCCAAGUAAGUUCUCAUUGAACAGUCUUUCAUUGUGUUUAAGGUGAUAAAUUUUCAUGUGAUGUAUCCUGAGCCAUUCACUGUUUCAUAUACUGUUUUGUAGAGUGUACCAUCUCCAUGUAUGCCUCAUUUUUCCUUCUUUAGUUCAGGAUCUCAGGUUAUUGAAUCUGGUGUAUGCGAAGCACACUAAAAGUUCAGUAAAUUUGCAUGCAGUAUUAAUAAAGCUCUCUCCAGUAUUAAUAGAAAAUGCUAUAUCUUCUAUAGAUUGUUCCAGCUACGUCUGAUAAAUUCAAUUGUGUUCACUUAAAUGGAUUCAAAGGCAUCAGAUCCCAUCCAAGUUACUGGGAUUUGAGGUUAAGUUAUCCUUAUGAAUACAAGCCUCACUGUUAAAGUGUUACUAAACUGUUACAGCAUUAAAAAUACCUUAAGUAUGUAAUUUUGGUACUGUUUUGCUGAUUUCUGUACAAUACAAUUGAAAAUUUCGCUGUAUUUGUUAUCGGUCUGUAAUUGGACUGGUACUUCAACAGCCCUCUUUUUUUCUUUUACUUGUUUUUAAGGUAAAUGUUUACAUGCAGCUGAAAUGAACUUAAGUGUCUGUUCCCAAACUAAGAAUAUCCGGACUGCUACAAAAAACCCCAGCUGAAUUGAAAUUAUGUUUGGAUGAUGCAUUAUCUAUCCUCAGAACAUUAGAGUUUUACAAUAUAACAAGAUCUAUGGAAAAGAGAUUUUAUAAUUGAAAUCUUAGUAACAUUAAAUGUUAUUCCUUGGUAUUUUUGUUAUGUUUUGGCUAAAUUUCCUAUUUCUGUGAUAGACUUGGCAGAUCUGCAUGUUUAUUGGGUCAUGCUUAUUCAAGAAUACAGUUAACUAUUGACUUCUGAAGACUUACUGGGUAAAGUUGUGUAAUCAUGCUGUUUCUUGAGAGUAUUUUCUUUUCUGCCAAGUGUCAUGAAGGUUGCAUUGCUAGAAUCCCAAGUUAUGCUUUGAGUCGUACUGACAUCUGCUGGUCCUAGUGAAGUAUAAGCAUCAACUUAUACUACAUUUUUAUUAAACCUACUAUGAAAAUAAAGGCUUUUCUUCUUUUUUGGUCAGA